AUGUCGCCGCACAAGCUCCCCGAGCAGGAUGGCAAGCGGCAGUGGGUGAUGGGCACCGAGGCCUUCGAGAGGACCAUGCCCCAUCACCAGGGCAUCAAGGCUCUCUGGGAGACCAAGUGGAAGUUUCCUUGCACCAAGAGUGUAUACCCUUUUCACGACGGACAGUACGAGGACUUCGAGCCCAUUUUUGAGCAUCUGAUUAAGUACAACGUCAACGACGGAACCUCUACUGCUUACACUGAGGCCUUCUUUCCCAUUGCCGAGUCUCUUACUACCAAAGGCGACCAAGCUGCCUCUGCAGGUAACAAGAAGGAGGCGAGCGAUUUGUACCUGCGAGCCUGUACCGUCUACCGCAUCGCCCGGUUCCCCUACAUCACGGCUUACCCCGAGGUCAGCUGUCCGGUCAAAUGGAAGGCGUGGGAGGCCCAAAAGGAGGUCUACCUGAAGGCAGCUCAGUGCUGGGACUGCCCCAUCAACGACAUUGACAUCCCGCACGCCCACGCCAAGGGAGGAGACAGGAAGUCUAUCCCUGCCUACGUCAGAGUUCCCCACGGGGCAUCUAAGAGCAACCCCAGCCCGGUCGUCAUCCUGAUGACCGGCCUUGAUGGGUACCGCCCUGACAACACUGUUCGCUCUGACGAGUUCCUGGCGCGCGGUUGGGGAAGCGUCAUCGUCGAGAUCCCCGGCACCGCCGACUGCCCCGCGGACUCAGCCGACCCGGAGAGCCCCGACCGAUUGUGGAGCAGCGUCCUCGACUGGAUCGCCGCCGACGGCCGAUUCAACCCGGACCGGGUCCUGGUUUGGGGUCUCAGCUCGGGCGGGUAUUACGCCAUCCGCAUUGCGCACACGCACAAGGACAGAUUGAUUGGAUCGAUUGCCCAGGGAGCCGGGUGCCACUACUUCUUCGACCCCGAGUGGCUCGAGAAGGCUGACGGGCAUGAAUACCCGUUCCUGUUGACACCCGCCAUGGCCAUGAAGCAUGGCUACAAGACCGUGGAAGAAUACAAGGCUGGUGUACAAAAGAAAUUUUCUUUGCUCGAGACGGGCAUCAUCGAAAAGCCUUCGACGCGGCUGUUGCUGAUUAACGGUACUCUGGAUGGAUUGAUGCCCAUUGAGGAUUCGAUGAUGUUGUUCGAAUACGGCACGCCAAAGGAGGCCAGGUUCUUUUCGGGAGCGUUGCAUAUGGGAUACCCUAUGGCGAAUGCAUCGGUCUACCCUUGGAUGGAGAGCGUCAUGGCGAGCAAGAUUUGA